AUGGCGCCGUUUCCUUACACCUGCGAUGUAGAUGCUGAGCCUCUACAUCAAUACAGACCCGGCGAUUACCAUCCUGUCCAUCUUGGUGACCAGCUGAAAAAUAGAAGAUACAAGAUCCUCCACAAAGUCGGAUGGGGUGGUUACUCAACCAUAUGGGCUGCUCGAGACCGAGAUCUAAAACGAUAUGCUGCUGUGAAGAUCUUGAUGGCGAAAUCGAUGAGCAACCAUGAGACUAGUAUCCUGCAACUGAUUCCAUCCUCUCCCCGUUGUACACACCGAGGCCAAGAAUACAUCGUUCAACUUCUCGACAACUUUUCCCUCGAGGGGCCCAAUGGAAAACACCCAUGUCUUGUUUUGGAACUCUUGGGAGCUAGUGUUUCUGAUUUGAUAGAUGCCUACCUUUGCGAUGAGAGACUCCUAGCUGAAGCAGCUCGGUCUAUUUCCUAUCAGGUCAUGACAGGUGUAGACUUUCUCGCGCAGCUAAAUAUCGGCCAUGGAGCUCUGAAACUACACUACCUCGACUCGCUGAACGAGCAGGAGUUCAUAAACACGCUCAAGCAGCCCGCGCUUGGACAAGUGAAGCGAACCGACGGGUCUGUUUCAGAGGCACAUGUGCCUUCGUAUCUCGUCUGGUCUACCCGCUUCGAAGCAAAACAUUCAUUCCUUCCUCACCAAGCCCCUUCUACAUUACACACCCCGCUUGCAGUUCGAGCCCCGGAAGUUUUAUUCAACGAUCCGAUCGACCGUCGCGCUGAUUUAUGGAGUCUGGGGUGUUUACUCUAUGAAUUAUUCGCCGGCCAACCCCCAUUCGACAGUACCCUGGCGAAGACUCCUCAUAUGAUCUCGCGAAUGAUCCGAGUUUCUACCGACGAGUUGCCGGACCGAUGGCAGGCGAAAUGGCAGCUAAUGCAGGAAUCAUUACAACAGGUACAGCGUGAUGAGGAUAAUAUCGAGCCAAUACCUAGUACACUUCGAGAAUUACUAGAUUACGAUUAUCAUUGGGAGGCGCAGAGGCACAGUGAGCUUACAGCACAAGAUUUAGAUAGGAUCAGUGAGCUCGCGGGACUUCUGUUGAGAUGGGAGCCGGCGCGAAGGUCGUCUGUAAAGGAUAUCGCAAGUGACCCAUGGUUCCAUGAUGGCGGUACACGGAUAUCCGAUUGA